AUGUCCGAUUUAAUAAGUUAUAGAAUGAAAGUCACAACCAAGGAUAACAGGAACUUCGUUGGAUCUUUAUUGGCAUUCGACAAACACUACAAUUUAGUUUUAUCUGACACUGAGGAACUAAGAAUUACAAAGAAAACGUAUCAAGAAUUGAAAAGAAAUGUGGGUGAAACUUCUAAGCUAAUACUUGAAGAAAAGAGAUCAUUGGGCCUAAUAAUAUUACGAGGUGAUCAAAUCGUUACUUUGAACAUAGAAAGUCCACCCCCUCUUGAUGCUACCAAGAGGAUAAAAUUGGAGAAAGGUAAAGGUGUUUCAAAACCUAUGAGAACACCUGUUAGUGUCAAAGCAAGAACAAAUCAAUUACAAGGACCAGCCAAAGGCAAUUUGGGAUUUAGGCGUCAAUAG